UUCCGGUUGCUGGAUUGCGGUGGACAAUGGCGGCGCUGCUGAAAGGGCUGCGUUUGGUUAGUUCAGGAAACUUAUCACUUUAUGGCAUUAAAAGUUUACAGUAUAAAUCAACAAGGAUUUUGUGCCAGUUGCCAUGCAAAUCAUCAUACCAAAGGAGACCGUUCUCAAAUAAGAACAUGACAGUGGAACUUGACAGCAAUACAGGAGUUGCAGUGAUUCAGAUGAAGAAACCUCCAGUUAACAGUCUAAGCCUGGAAUUCCUCACAGAAUUUGCCAUUAAUAUGGAGAAACUUGAAAUGGACAGAGAAUGUCGGGGUGUAGUUCUCACUUCUUCUAUUCCUAAGAUCUUUUCUGCUGGCUUGGAUAUCAAUGAGAUGUAUGGGAAGACACCAGAGCAUUCUGGAGAGUUCUGGAGAGCUGUUCAGGAAAUAUGGUUGAAGUUGUAUGGCUCCAAUAUGGUGACAAUAGCUGCAAUCAAUGGAUCCAGCCCUGCUGGUGGAUGCCUCAUGGCAUUAGCAUGUGACUACCGAAUUAUGGCAGAUAAUCCAAAGUAUGCAAUAGGGCUAAAUGAAACCAAACUUGGAAUUGUUGCACCAUUCUGGUUCAAGGAUUCCAUGAUUAAUGUCAUUGGAAGAAGGGCCACAGAGCAUUCUCUCCAGCUAGGUCUCAUGUAUAGUGCUUCAGAUGCCUUGAAAAUUGGACUUGUCGAUCAACUGGUAGCACAAGAUAAAAUUAUGACACAUGCUUUGAGUGUAAUGUCAGAAUGGCUGGCUAUUCCAGAUCAUGCUCGACAAAUUACCAAAUCCAUGAUGAGGAAGCCAACACUCGAUCGACUUCUAACCAACAGAGAAUCAGACAUACAAAAUUUUGUUAAUUUCAUCAGCAAAGAUUCCAUUCAGAAGUCUCUCCAACUGUACUUGGAGAUGCUGAAGCAAAGAAAAAGCUAAAUAAAUGUACUCUAAAAAAGAAUCCCAAUAUAUUUGUUUACAUGGUAUGAUGGAUAAUAAUUUUUCAGAUUUUUGUACAGGAUUUUCUCUUUCAAUUGAAUAUUAUUAACGUUAGAUUAUUGAAUAUUGUUUGUAGUUUUUCAAAUUGAUUUUGCAAAAUGUAUCAAUUUAUAUCCUAACUCUUUGCAAUAUUAAACUUGAAGAUGUGUAAUUCUGCUGCCAAUAUCUUGGCAGAAUUGAUUGUGUAAUUUAAUCUGGGAGAAGAAAUUGUUUGUGUGCAUUUUUUAAGUUAAUCUCCAAAUGUGUUCUUUACUGAUUUAGUUGCAUUUAGAUCACGAGUUUCAUAUUACCCAGGUGACCACCAGUUUAUUUUUGUAGCAGACCUAAACGGUGUUUACAUUUCUGUUUUAUGGUGUUCUUAACAAGUGUCUAUCAAAUGAAUUGCUUGUAAAUAACAAAUAACUGUGAGCU